AUGGGGUCUUUGCCAGUGACAGAGCAGAUCACAUUCCAAGAUUAUCUUGGCCUCACAGCUGCGGCAUUUGAGUGGGCGGAUAGCUAUGAUUCUAAAGACUGGAAGCGUCUGGAGAAAUGUAUUGCUCCGACAUUACGGAUUGACUACAGAUCCUUCCUCGACAAAAUUUGGGAAGCUAUGCCUGCCGAAGAGUUCAUUGCUAUGAUCUCCGACAAGUCGGUCCUUGGGAACCCGCUUCUCAAGACUCAGCAUUUCAUUGGUGGCACAAGGUGGGAGAAGGUCUCGGACACCGAGGUCAUAGGUCACCAUCAACUUAGAGUACCCCAUCAAGUGUACACAGAUGCUACAAUGACGGAGGUUAGGGUCAAAGGACAUGCCUACUCCUAUAACAAGCAUUGGUAUCGCAAGGUCGAUGGAGAGUGGAAGUUUGCCGGCCUCUGUCCAGAUAUAAGAUGGUUCGAAGAUCAAUUUGAUCAGGUCUUUGCUGAUGGGCGCGACGCUUUCGGCGACGAGAAGAAAGAGGCAUGA